CUAUUCCGCAGUCACACUGUACACUUCACCGGCGCAAUAUUUUUUUUAAUAGAAACUAGCUAAAAUAAUACAUUUUUGCUACCAUGGCCACGGAAUGUCGCAUCUGCGGCGAGCGCAUCUUCACCCCGCAUCCGAAAAAUAUUUUCGAGCAGCGCAACCACCGCAUUCGAACUGCCAUCGAGCAAAUCACUGGACUAGAGAUUGUCCUGGAGAAGCUGCUGCCCCAGCACAUCUGCUCCUGCUGCCUGCUGGACCUCAGCCAGGCCAUCGCCUUCCGGCAGCGAUGCCUAAAGACGCACGAGGUGCUGCACAAGGGACACACCUCCGCCUCCUCGCCAUUCUACUCGAGAGUUCCCAAGGGAAAAGCGGCCGAGCAGCGUGUAAAUGACGAUCUACUGCUGAAGCGGGAAGUUGAGGAGGAUUUGAGCGACGCGGAUGAUGAUAAGGAGUUCCUGGACGAAGAUAAAGAGUUCUUGGAGGACGUGAAACCCGUCAUUAAUUCGCCACCGUCCAAGCGAACACGACAAGAGGACCAGAAGUUGCCCAACAGUCAAUCUCCACGUGUCAUGGUCAAACGCCUCCGCGUGUCGGAGGUCCAGAAACCAGACAGUCCACCGCCCCUUGUGCGGAAUCCAGGUCGCAGGGUCAGAAAGCGGCGACCAAAGCCAAAGGUCGACCGCUCGAUCAAGCGCUAUGUGUGCGACCAGUGCGGCUGGUCCUUCAACGAUCACAGCAACAUGAAGGACCACAAGCUGCGGCACUUCGCCGAGAAGUUUUCGUGCGACGACUGCGGGCGCAAGUUUUACACCAUGCCACUGCUCCGGCUGCACAUUCGAGUUCAUCACAAGGGCGAGAGGCCGUAUGUCUGCAAGUUCUGCGGCAUGGGAUUCGCCAAUAGUCCCACCCGCUGUCGGCAUGAGCGGCUAGUGCACGCAGACCAGCUGGCUCAUGCCUGCAAGAUAUGCGGUAAGCGUUUCAACAGCGACAAAGGUCGGGCCAAGCACGAGGAGGGACACAAAAGCGACCAACCGGAUGUUUUCUUCUGCGUCACCUGCAAUAAGGAAUUCAAGGAGAACUCGUUCCUCCAGCGGCACUAUACCACCAAGUACCAUCGCAAGCGGGAGAACCUGCUGGUAGAGGGUAGCAAGGCGGAAUCCCAAUCAGAUGGAGACCCCGAGGAGAUGCCGGGAUAUAUGGAGGAGGGUCAGGUGGAAAUGGAGGAUAGUCAGGCCGAAAUGGACGUACUUCUCGAGGAUAUCGAGGAAGAUCAGUACACAAACCACGAAGAACUUGUGGAAGAGGAGCCUUUCGAGGAUUUCGUCUAUGAUGAAACCAUCACGGAGGAGGAGCUGUACACUUAAGUAAAACGCAGUUGGCGCCAAAUGUUCACAAGUGUCAAUAUCGAGCACCAUUUCCAGUUCGAUAGAGAGCUCAACUUUGUUAUAAAAAUAAUUUUAAUUAUGGCUUAUGACUUCUUAAUAAUAAUAAUAAUAUCUGAUAAAGACACUAA